UAUUCAGAUGCUUACUGAUAACAUUUUACUGAUAACUAUCAGGGCCUUAAUACUCUCUAGAAUAUCCUGUACUUUGAUACGCUGGAAGUAGUUGCAGUCCUUAAAUACUUUCCAGUUAUUUUUGUUUCUUACAGAAAGCAUCUGUCUGUUUAAAAAAAAAAAAAAAAAAGUAUCUCAUUUGUUAUUCUGUCAUCAGGUAAGCCUGACAGUAAGCAGAAUGUGUUCUAAAAGCUUGCAUUGUAUUAUUGAUGUUCAGAUACUAGAAUUUGACAGAUGAAUCAGAUACAACAAAGAAUUAACAUUAAAAAAAUACUAUGUGAGAUAAGGACUUUUUAAACUCAGAUACAAGGCACAUAAUGAAUAGGUUCAAGUUAAUGCCUUCAGAACAGACAACAGUUAUGUGGCUUUAAGGUAAACUAAACAGAUGAGGAUUGCAGUGGUUAUUUAACAGGAGAUAUGAAGAAAACCGUUGGAUAUAAAUACCUUCUAGAAACAUAAGUUGCAAAUAGACACAAGAAAAGACAGUUAUAUGGCUGUAAAAAUCAAUUUGUGAGGCACAAAAUGGACAUUUUCUCCUUUCUUUAGAUAUAUCAAAAACUGCUUCUACAGGAGCAUUCUCCAAAAUUGUAGGCCAAAGUUGUCUAUUGCAUUUAGCUGUGAAGAUGGAAGACACAAGCUACCAGAGGUAGUCUCUGCUAUCCUUGAUGCUGAGACUGAGCAAGAGGAAAGCCGGUAACGUAGGGGAGGGAGCAUGGGAGCAUACAUGUAAGGUGCUAUUUAUAUUUCUAUUGUGGUAUAAGGGUCUUUUAUAUAUAGGUCAUUUUUUGCAAAGUUUGACUAAUAUAUCGUGCUUAUCACUUAUUUCAUUUUUAUCAGAUUUAUUUAUUCCUAAUAAAAAAAAAUUAAAGCCACAAAGAACUGCAGUAAUAUUGUUUUUAUUUGUGAAUUUUAUGCAGGCAAUCCUGUACAGGUGACUCAAACUUCUAUUUCUUCUUAUCUUAAAGAACCUACUGCACUCAAGACUACCAAAAGAACACAGCCUAAUGGCUACUUUCCUACAAGUAUAUUGUUGUGGUAAGGGCUUAGUCUGAAUAGUAUAUUUUUUAAUCUGAUGACCAUGAAGAAAAUAAAUUCAGGAAAUGUAAGUGUAUGAUAGAAAGCAAUAAAGUGAUUUUUUUAAAUAUUUGAGACAGAAUAAUUUUGCUCACACAAGGUGCCUGAGAUUUUUUUGUGUCUCAAAACUCCAAUAAAAGGGAAAGUUGGGGUUUUUUCCUAGCUCUACUUACCUGUUUCUUUUAAGAAGGAAAAAAUUAAGUAGCGAUUAGGUUUUCAGUUACGACUUUUUUAGAUCAAGAAAAAACAUUGAUUAAAAAACACUGUGGGGAUUGAAUCUAUACCAGAACUGAAAGAAGAAAUACCAAAGAACCCGUUGGAUCAUUUUUGUUUUUGCAUAACUUAAACAAACAAACAAACAGCUUAGAAGAUUGAAAACUAUAGCAGUUAAUGUCUUUAAAAAGGUAUCGGUGUUCAGGUUUUUAGUUGGUCGUGGCCUAGAGAGGGGUUUUUUGGUUAUAAAGUUCUAUGUGGUAAUGCUAGAAUCCAAGGCUAAUAGGAAAAAUUAUUUCCACUGAAAGAGGGUUAUAACCAAAUGAAUGAUAUUUUUAAAAUUUCAUCUUCACAUUUUAUACUCCAGUGCAAGAAUUGGUUAGGGUUAUCCAGUUUUAUGGCUUCUAUCUCAAAUAGUGACCUGUGAUUGUUGCUCUCUGCCUCUUUCCGUUUGGUUGAAGAAAAGAUUCUGAUAGAGUUGUUCUCCUUUUAUCUUCUCCAAGGGCUCUUUGAAGAAAUAGAAUGUUAAAUUGGAAGCAUGAAAAGGGGUGAGUAAUAACCCCUCUGCACAUCCUGAUAAAGAUUACUUUUCUUUCUGGACUUUGAUAAUUUACACCAAAAUUCUUCAAGAAUUUUUCAGCAUGGACAAAAGUAAUAAGUGAAAUACUUAGUGAUGUAAUACUUUUUCUAGUCUAAUUAGUCAAUGUUGCUGUUUAAUAGCACUUUGAAGCUCAGUUAUCUUGCAGAGAAACAUUACUAGAGUAAAGCAAGUAAUUGCCAUUUUUAAUUCAAAACUAGCUUAUUUUUCAUUGUGGAGCAUAACAAGUAGUCCUUUGUUCUUUUUGUUCACAAUUUGUAACUUUUGUUAAUAUGAAUCUGGGAGUUUAUGGGAGUCCAGUCAUGUUCAGCAAACUGGGAAGACAUUAAGAGUGGUAAAUGCUUGGGGGUUUUGCAGUAGUGCCUCAUGUGAUACCUUCUAUUCUCAGCAUAGGUUAAAAUUAGAACUAGACUGACAUUGCAUUGGAGUCUGGGUGAAAGUUGUAAAUGGUUUUGGUAGUGCAGACAAGCUUCAUAAUUUAUCUUUGCUGUUGCCCAGAAAGCAAUGAGUCACAGAAAAUCCUUGAAAACACCAAAUCAUUGAGCAGGGCUACAAGAAGAUUCAAAGAGAGAUCUGAAGUUAGAAAGCUUUUUCUUAAAGCUGCUGCACAUGCUGAUGCAUUGAGCCUGAAACUCACAGUCUGAUUCCUGUGACUGAAUCUGAACAUGUAAGGAUCAUGACUGAAACUGCAGUUUGCAUUGGAACAUUCACUGCUGUGAAGACACUUUGGGAAGUGAGAAUACACAAGAUAAAUGAAGAAUUACAGAAAGAAAAGGAAUUCAGACAGAGGUCUGCAGGAAGGCUACUACUUGUCUGGGAGGAGAGAGCCACUUUAGCAAAGCUCAAAGAAAAAGUCAUUAAUGAAGAUGGAAGAGCAAUUUUAAGGAUAGAGGAAGAAGAAUGGAAGACACUACCUUCGUGCUUAUUGAAACUAGUCCAUCUCCAGGAAUGGCAGCUUCAUAGAACUGGUUUGCAGAAAAUUCCUCAGUUCAUUGGAAGAUUUCACAAUCUUGUUGUUCUGGAUCUGUCCCGGAACUCAAUUGAAAGUGUACCUAAAGAAAUCGGCCAGCUGACUAGCCUCCAAGAGCUGCUUCUCAGUUACAAUAGAAUAAAGUUUGUUCCUAAGGAAAUAAGUAACUGUGUCAGUCUGGAAAAAUUGGAACUGGCUGUCAACAGGAGUAUCUGUGAUCUUCCUCCUCAGCUCAGUGAUUUAAAGAAGCUUUCACACAUAGAUUUGUGCAUGAAUCAGUUUACUACCAUCCCUUCAGCUCUUCUCAACAUGCCAAAUCUAGAAUGGUUAGAUAUGGGGGGAAAUAAACUCCAGGAGCUUCCUGAUGCAAUUGACAGAAUGGAAAAUCUCCACACUUUAUGGCUCCAAAGGAAUGAGAUAAACUCUUUGCCAGAAACUAUUAGCAAUAUGAAAAAUCUUAGUACUCUUGUUCUUAGCAACAACAAACUUAAGGAUAUUCCAACUUGUAUGAAGGACAUGACAAAUCUGAGAUUUGUCAACUUCAGAGACAACCCACUGGAGUUAGAGGUAACACUCCCUCCAUGCGAGAAUACAGAAGAAGAGGAGCAACAGGAAAUGUUUGGCAUUGAAUUCAUGCACAUGUAUAUCCAGGAGUCACUCAAGAAAACAGGAAAUCUGCAAAGCUGUACUUCUGGUCCUUCUCCUAUCAUGAAUGCUAAUGAAUAAAGAAUGUAACUGUGAAUGGAA